CUUAGAAAAAUAUUUUUCCUUAUUCUUCUUUUGUUUAUCCCUUUUUCUUGGGGCGAAACAACGAAAGCAUACUUUUUUCGUUGACAUGCUUCAACUUCAGUUUUCGAGAAAAAAAUUCAAGACAAAAUUAUCAAGUAAUGUGUAAAACGGUGCAGGAUAAAGAUUUGCUAAAGGUUCGUAUCCGAGGGCAGUAAAGGGGGGUGGGGGCGAUAUGGGAAACGCCGGAUCCGCUGAAUCAUCGAAAACACGCUGUCGAAAAGAACGGAAAGAACGCGACAACGGCGUAGAUGAUCGUCCCGGAAGGACUAACAAUAAGAAAGUUGUCAACGGUCCCGAGUCGCAGGUUAAUGGAAGGGAAUCGAUCAAAUAUCGCACCACUAAUCCCUUCAUCAUCUUUUUCUUACGGUUGCGUAGUAAGAAGCCGAAGGAGCACGUAACCGUAAUCGCGCGAGCAGCCGGAAAAUUAUGGACUAGGAUGACUCCGGAGCAAAGGAAAAAGUACAUUGAUUUGGCAAAAGCCGAAAAGAAAAGGCGCGAAGGGAGGAGAAGAAAACGAAGGCCAAGGUAACGCAUCGAACCCUUCGAGUGCUCCGGUUUCUAUCAUUCUACAUAUAUCUAAUUAUACGAACAAUAUGUACAAGGUAUAAGAGGUGCAAUUAAUUCUUGUCGUUGCGAUUCUCGCACGUAGAAGAAGGUAACGAGAUAGAUACCUAGGACGGAGGGUUAAAGAGAAACUGACCGUGAAGACUAAUUCUAAGAAGAAAUCGAAGAUAGUAUUCAAUGGUUCGUGUCGUAACAGGCCAUUUAACAGAUUCCCUCAAAUUCUAUACCUACAAAUCUCCGUAUUUUUGAUUCCUUUUUAUUUGUUAGUAGUUUUUUUAGAUCUAUGUACAAUAAAUAUUGAUGUAUUUUUACACUAUUCAUAACUUUUUCUUAUCGUUUAAUAGAUACGCUAAAAACUAGGCAAAUCCUUGCCUCUCGCUCUUAUAGUCUCGUCUGAAAAAAUUAAAUUCGUAACAUACUAUAAAUAUAUUAUUUGUUCGCGAUCGUUCCUCGAAGCGUCACAAGGAAGGGAAAUUACAAUUGAAAGUACACGAACGAGCACCAUUUAAAAUUUCCCACAAACAGGCUAAACGUGGAAUUAGGUUCUCGACUUUUCUCUUAUAACUCGAUACAAAAAAUAAUUUUAGCAUAAAUUUUUAUUACGACGCUCCGUGGAAGAGUUUCUUUUACGCAUCCGUAAUCAUUCUUGAAACUAGUACGUGACCCUAGUAUCUAGCUCCGUACUGCAUAAAUGUAGAUGAUAAAACGUUACGUAUAAUACACAACGAACGAACGUUAUUCGAUCUUCUUAUCUGUAUUUUCUUUAUACCGUCAAUACGUUUGGUGUAUCGUGACGGGUUUAGGGAGUGACAACGAAUAAAAUAUAAUUCUCUUUCGAACGAUCGAUGAUCACGUCGACGACGAUGAUAACGACAAUAACGAUGGUGCGAUUACGAAGAUAAAAAUAAAGACAGUGACGAUGGACAUAAUGAUGAUGAUGAUGAUGAUAAUGAUAAUAAUAAUGAUAAUAAUAAUAAUAAUAAAAAUAAUCAUCAUCAUCAUCAUUAUCAUAGAGGUAAUAAUAGUAGCAGUAAUAGAAUAAUUACGAUAAUAAAAACGGUAUCACGUAGAAAGGUGACAGGAUGAAAAGAUGAAAAGAUGUGGUUGAUACUGCUCAUUUACCAGUCGAUGACAACGAAACGAACGAACGCGUUUAAAAACAAUCCCAACAGCGAUCGUAAUUAAAUUUGCAAUAAUACAAUUAGAAUUAUUAGAGCGAUAUAAGUAUUUUAUGAUACAGUAAAGUACAGUGUGCCUCGAAGAAAAAGUAAACAACAACGUUCAACAAUCGAUAAUAUCAAACAGAAUAUUAUUUGCAAAUAUCUUGUGUAAUACAUAUACAUAUAUACGCAUAUGUAUAUUAUUAUACACAAAACGUAACACUGUUGCAGUUUCGGGAGGGAAUGCCCUACUAAAAAUAGGUAUUUGUUUCGUCGAUCGUGAAUAUACAACGUUUAUCUACCCUAAUAGAUCCCUAAUCGACCUUCAAGGUAGACUAUUAUUAAUCACUUUAAAUGCACAACUUACGAAUCCAUACUUUGCAGAUUAAUUUUCAAACAUACCUAAUUACAUCCACUCAUCCGUUUUUCUGCAAGUUUCGUCGAUUUAUUCUUCUAUGCAAGUUUCGAUCACUUAACCAUAUUCAACCAUAUACAGCUAUCCGACAAUUUGAGAAUCCUUUGAUCCUGACGUAAAAACGUGAAGAAUAUGGCGGAUAUUGAGAAGGGUGCUGCCGUAUAGCGAUAACGUAAAGAGACGCGUGUGUGUGUGUGUGUGUGUGUGUGUGUAUAUAUAUAUUGAAAAUAAGAUAAUAAAAUGAAAGGAAGGAA